AUGGAAGAUGAGCUUUUGGAAAAAACUCGCCAGGUAGAGAGGCUCUUUCAAGAAAAUCUCUUGUGUGCAACCAACGGGACAGAGCAUGUCAAUCAUCUGCACCAAGAAUUAGAACGUUGGCAUUCUGAUAUUCGAACUUCAUUGCAAACAGUUCUUCAAGAGAAACACCAAGAAAUAGAUGAGUAUUUUGAACAAUAUCGAAACGAAAUCAAAGAUAAACACGAAAGAUUCAGACAAAUACAUCUGAAUUCCACUUUGACAGAUAUCAAUGCUCAACUUGAACAAUUGAACAUCUAUUGCCAAUCGAAUUUCAUCGACAACCGUCUGAAAUUAACCGUAGAAUCUGUCCCAAGAAGUCAACUAGCGGACAAAGCUCAAAUCGAAUAUUUACCAUAUACGGAUAUCACACACCAAUCGCCGAUUGAACCGUUGAAAGUAAGUACUGAGCUAGGUAAACAGUCCAAACCUACUAGUCGAGCAUCGACAGUCACAUCAACGGUCUUGCCAGAGCCUGGUUCAGAUGGUGGACGACGCGAUAGUGAGAAAAAAGAAGAGACUGUACAACCCGUGCCGGAUCCUGAAGGACAAGAUCGAAUUGUAUUGAAAUUACCGUCGAGAACAACCACGGUUACUGGUGAAGAUCAUGCACCAAAAUCGCCGACACAACUGUACGUGGGAAGAAAAUCGGUAUUCACGCCCGUUCUGAUCAAUAAAAACCGUCAAUGUACGGAUGAAACGAAAGAAAUUGUCGAAUACUCCAUCGAUUCCAUACAGAUUUCCCAUGCUGAACAGUUGAAUCAAUCUUCGAGUAGUUCCAAUGAGAAUGACAAUGAUAAUCUCGUACGUGCCUAUAAAGUUAUUAUCAACAGCGAAGAUCGAAAUCGACGACAUUCAACUUUAUCGUCUGAUAGCGAGCGAAUGGACGGAAAUCUUUUCGACUUACAACAUUUCAACCGGAUUGAUUAUUCCACCAUCAUGUUUCGUAAAUGUGAAACGCAAUACAACUGUCUCGCUACAUCUACUAAGCAAAAUGAAUUAGUUGUUUACAAUUCCAAACUAAAAGUUCUUAUUGUUUUGCAACACGAAAGGCACAAAGCAUGUCGUCAUCGAUUCUAUCUCGAAUGGCCAACGGAGUUUUCUCCACAAAUAUCCGACAUAGCAUAUUGUCAUGAUAAAGAUGAGUACCUCAUUUCAACUUUGGACACGGCGCACAUUUAUUCAUUCAAUCGUAAUCAUCUAUCGAUCACUGACCUAGGUAAACUAUCCGACGAUUUACGUUUACGUCGUAUUCAUUGCCAUCAUCGUACUGUUUAUUGUAUACUAAGUGAUAAUUAUCUUCUCGAAUAUCAAUUUGAUGAAUCAUGUUCGAAUUUGAAGUUCGUAGGCAAGAAGAUCAUGUUAUAUAACCCACAAAAUCGUUCGCAAGAUACAGCUUAUCAUCUGUUAGAUGUUGCCUGCAAUGAUCAAUAUUUAGUUGUAGCUUAUGCUGAUGAUCAGGACGCAAUUCAUUUGCAAAGUAUUCAUCGUCGAACAAAAGAGUUUCAUAGCGAUAUUGUCUUAGAUCAACCAAGACCAAUCAAUCAAACUUAUAUACGAAUAGAACCAGUUAUUCAUCAGGAAAACUUCAUUUAUCUUGAGGGUGAACAACAACUUUUGAGAACGAUUGACUUUACUAAUGAUCGAAAUGGUCAGCUCACGUCAGUUGUACAUCGACAUACAAAACCAACGAAUGUUUGUUUCCUCGCUGAUGGUCGAUUUGUUAUCCUGUAUGAAGGGCCAUAUUUCCUCUCCGUACAUGGCACACAUCAAUAA